AUGCAAAGUCAAACCAUCAUAAAUAACCAAACUUCUCAAACCAUCAAUGACAUAAAGAAUAAUUUGACCAAGUUGAACACAACCUUGAAUGCACAAGAGAAAGGCAAGUUCCCAUCUCAACCCCAACCAAAUCCUCAAGUCCAAGUUGCUGCCAUAGAGCCUUCAUCCUCUACUGAAGCAAAUUUAAAGACCUGCAAGGCCAUAAUAACUCUUUAUAGUGGUAAAGAGGUUGAUACAUCGAGUCUUGAAGUUGACAAGAAUAGUGAAGGUUCCAUUUCCAAUGCACAAGGUAAAAAAUCUGAUAUUGAUGUUUCUUUGGGACCAAAGAUAACUCCUCUGGCACAUUUUCUUCAAAGAUUGGUUCCUUCACAUAAACAUCAUGCUGAUAUUUUAGAUAUUUUUAGACAAAUUUGCAUUAACAUUCAUCUUUUUUAUGCCAUUAAGCAAAUCCCAACAUAUGCCAAUUUUUUUAAAGAUUUGUGUACGGUUAAAAGAAAGCUUAACGUGCAAGAGAAUGCAUUUCUCAUGGAACAAGUCAGUGUCAUUAUUCAAUCCAAUACUCCUCCUAAGUAUAAAGAUCCAGGUUCUCCAACAAUAGCUUGUGUUAUAGGAAGCUCGAAAAUAGGCCAAGUAUUACUAGAAUUAGGUUUUAGUGUGAAUUUGCUUCCUUACAACACCUAUGAACAACUUGGUUUAGAAGAGUUGAAACCAACUUCUAUCAUCUUGCAAUUAGUUGACCGUUCAAUUAAAAAGCAUAAAGGAGUAGUGGAAGAUGUGCUGGUGCAAGUAGACAAGUUUCAUUGA